UUGCACAUAAAACUUUACGAAUCGAUCGUACGUUGGUAUUUGCAGAUGCAAAAAAAUAUUACUUAAUUGUCUACAUAUUUAUUGCCGGGUAUUAUUAAUAACCGGAAAAAGUUUUUGAUGUGCUGAGGAUUAGAUAUUCAAAAGUUGUUGGGAAAUUUGUGUUAAAUGUUCCACUAUCGCAUGUAGUGUCACCUAUUAACUAAGACAAAAGUUAAUGUUUAACUUAUCGUUAACACCAUUUUUCGUCGAGUUUCCUUUUAUAGAAAUCUAAACAAACGUUGAAGUAUUAUCUGUUGUAUAUAUUUUUUUUUCUACUUUGUCUUUAUUAAUUUUUCCACAGUAUUGUUGACAGCAAUGGAAAUAAACGUAGUGGAAUGUGUAAUUUCUUUUUUGUGCUCAUAAAUGACGAAAAUUGACAAGAUCAGCUCGAGAUCAAGGUAAAACACUAUAUUGCGAUUGGUACAAGCAUGGGUUGCAACAUACUAUCGAGGCUGGGAAAUUCCAACUUACUAUGAUAACGAUGAAAAGGAUUAUAGUAUUCAAUAAAGAAUUUGAAGAUGGGAGAAGGUUUUACCGCCAAAAGUUCGAGGCAGUUGCAGCAAGUGUUUUUUCGUUGAUUUUCUUCGUUUUUCUCGUUUGUUGUAUCACCAUGAAUCCUCCCAUGUUAUCGGAAGGAGCUCUCAAGCUUAUUGUGGAUGGGAAAACUGUUAAGAACCCUAUCCUGCAAAUUAUUAAUAGCAAGAAACUACCAUCGAGAAGCCCCGAUUCACGACGUUACAGAGUUAUACUUUCUGAUGGAAAAUAUAUUAUGUCUUUUGCAAUCCUGUAUCUCCAUAUAAAGAAAUUAAAUCUAGCCGGAGACUUCCAAAACAAUUCAGUAAUAGAAAUUUUAUUGUUCUCGACAACUUUAUUUAAUAGUAUUCAAAGGACAGGGAAGCUCAUAAUAGUUAUACAUAACUAUGCAUUGUUAGCUACUGGUUGCUCUAAAAUUGGUUCUCCAGUACCACUACGUGGUUAUCCAAUUUCUUUCAUUAAAGAAGAAGGGAAUAAUAAGCCAUUGAAAGACACAGUAAUACAUCCAAUUUCCAGUUUAAAUGCUUACAUGAACAAUUGGGUUGUUAAAGCAAGAGUGGUGAGCAAGUCUCUCAUUUUUGUUCAAAGAAAUUCCAGAAAACUUUCAAUCAACUUAUUAGACUCAAGUGGUGGAAUUAGAGCCGUAGCUUAUAAAAAUGUAGCUGAUAAACUUUAUCAUUUAAUAGAGCUUGAUAAAGUAUAUUUUAUAAGUAAAUGCAGAAUAGAAACGUCGAACAAAUAUUAUGAAGAAUUGGGUAACGAUUAUACAAUCAAGUUUACCCCAAAUAGUGUUAUUGAAGAAUGCUCUGAUGAUGCUGAACUUGUUCCCCACAUUCAGUACAAAUUUGUGCCUAUUAAUGAAAUUCGUGAGGUCGAAGGAAACUUUGUUGAUGUCGUUGGCGUUUGUAAGAAUGCUUCUGAUUUAAAAAAAAUCGGAAACCACAAUAUAAAAAGGACUGUACAAUUGAUCGAUCCGUCGAAUGCAUCUAUCGAUGUGGUUUUAUUCGGAACAGAUGCUGAAGAUGUUGACGAUUUUAUCAAUCCAAUACUAGCAUUUAAAUCGGUCAAAAGAGCAUAUAAUGGAGAAGGAAUUUAUCUAACUGCCACAUGUUGUACAAAUUACAGAAGAUAUAUUGAUAUUCCCGAAUAUGAUCAUUUCAGAAGAUGGUUUGAAAGUAAAGGUUCCCAUACUGGUGUUGUCAAUUUGAGCAAGUGUAGUCAUGUUCUAUGGAUGACUUUUAACAACAUACAAUUAAAACCAAAUGGAAGUUAUUGUUUCAAAGUUAAGGGCACCGUUUUGUUUGUUGAGACUGAAAAUGCUGUUUACAAAGCCUGUUCCAAGAAAGGAUGUAAUAACCAAGUCAGCCUUUUAGAAUGUGGACUGUACAGAUGUAAAGAAUGCGACGUAGAAUCUACUAACUUCAAAUAUGAAUAUUUGUUGAGGGUAAAUGUGAGUGACUGGACAAGCAAUGAAUGGGUUCAUAUGUUCAAUUCAGAAGCGAAAAAAAUGCUUGGUAUAAGUGCUCAAGAGGUAAGUGAAGCACUAGAAAAGGACCCAAAAGCAUUUGCUUCUAUUGCAAACAGGGUACAUUUCAAGGAAUAUGUAUUCGAAUGCCGAACCAACGCCGACGUGAAUAUUAAUGGGGUACAGAAGGGCACAGUCACUGUUGCAAUAAACCCAGUAGACUACAAAGAGUACAAUGCAGAAUUGUUAUCAAAAAUAGAAGAUAAUGUAAGUAUGAAUAAAUAAACUUCCUUUUGUGGUGACUCCUAUUUUAAAUGUGCUGUUAAUUGAAUCAAUUUUAUGUUUGAAUAAUUAAAUUUCUUUUUUGUGGUGAAUCGUUCCAAGACAGUCUCCUAUUUUAUAUG